CCCCUCCAAGCCCCUCCCUCCCAGCACGUCGUAUUUAUCUCUGUAAACAGCCAGAGACUGAGGACGUUCCCGAGCCAGGUCCUCUGAGGAAGCCGCAGUCACAGCGCAGAGUCAUGUCUACCACCAGCCCAGACGCAGAAAGCUUUGUCACAUUCAAUCAAGUCCAAUCUCGUCAGAUAAUGGAGGGCCAACCGCUUCCCCCAGGGGUGAUGACCCCCAUCCCGAAACCCCUUGUGACCUUCUAUAAAGGAGAACCCGAGGCUCUGGGGGCCACACAGAUCUUCGUAGGAGUCGUGUCUAUCGUAUUCGGGAUCUUAAUAUCUAUGACCUCCAAGAUUCACACCAGAUAUUUUGAUCCGGUGACGAACAGCGGCGUGAUGUUCUGGUCGGGGAUGAUGUAUAUCGCAUCCGGGUCGGUGACAGUUUCUGCUGCAGCGAAGCCCACUGUGGGGAAGGUGAAGUCCAGUCUGGUGAUGAACACGAUCGCCUCAGUCUUUGCCGGAGUCUCCAUUAUACUCUUUGCCAUCAAUUUUAUUCCCUCUAGUUUCCUAUACAACGAGUUCUGUCUUUACAACGCGCGGGAGACAUGCCAGGGCCGCUUUGUCGCCAGUGAUUUCGUGACCGGGAUUUUAGCCAUGCAGUUUUUCUUUGUUGUCCUGAUGUUCUCCAUCGCCAUAUCCUCCUCUGCGUUCGCAUGCAAAUCGGUCUGUAGAGCGUCCUUCCAGGAAGUGACUGUAGUCGUCUACCAAACCGCACCGCCUACUACUACCGAUCCAAUGGCCUUCUCCUCAGUGCCAGCGCCCUCUGGUGGUACUUCUGGGAUAUAGGAAGGGGUUAAACCGUAGUCUCAGGAGGGUCAGCGCAAUGAUGAAGCAAAGAGGAGGAGGAAAUGCGGAAAGAGAAGCCGAGGACGCAGACGGCAUUUCAGAUAAUGGGCGUUUACUUUGCGCGCAAGCAACGCCUUCUUGUUUCAUAUAACGAAGGGAAGGGUUUUUCUUGCCACCUGCAUCCCACUGAGGAGACUUCCCUUCACUUUCUGUCUUUUAACCACUUGCUUACUGGGCACUUAAACCCCCUUCCUGCCCAAUUUUCAGCUUU